GCUUACCCUUCUGGCUGGCUACGUCUGUCUGGUUUCUACGGCAACUUCUCUGGUCUCGUCCGCGUCGUAAACCGACAGAAGAAUGUCGCAAGUUGAAGGCAUCGGUCAUUUGUUGUUGUUUGUUUUUCUUCUUUUCGAAGACGAGUUUAGGAGUAGAAUAAUGUGCCCUCAAUAAGCAAAUCGAAGGGGCAUCAACAGCUUUCACUGGGGCAGUGCGAAUACAAACAGGCUUCACUCUGGGAUAAAUUAUAUUCAUCUAAAGAAAUCCAUAGAUAUAACAAUGAGCAGUACUUCUAAAGGUGUUGGUCACAAGAGACCCAGUAUAAGAUUACACAGCGAGAUUAUGAGCAAGCGGAGACACCUGCAACCCAGUAAUGCGAAGAGGGAUUCUGAUAAGGAUUCUGGAUUUUCGGAUUCCAGUUCAGGGUAUCUAAGUGCUGUAGAGAACACAGAUAGUGAGGAUGGGCCAAAAACCUUGUCCAAGAGUGUGGGAUCCAUGCCACAGCCAGCACAAGUGGCUGUGCUAGGAGGUGCUUUCCCUGGACUUUCCCCUGUGAUUGUCAUGAACAAUGUUCUACUUAAACAGCCAAAUAAUGCUGUUCCCCAAAAUAAACUUUGGGCUUUCCAACCCCAGGUUGUGUUUCUCCAGCCUGUUGUCUCAAACGCCACCGCCCGACAAGAACUCCUCAAGGAGAAGAAACAAAGAUCAGGAAACUAUCUGCCUAUCUUGAAAUCUUAUCCCAAAAUAGCCCCGCACCCGGGAGAAAGCUGUACGGAGAAGAGCAGUUCCAGCUCUGCUUGUGAGGACCAGGCAGCAGCAACCAAACACAGGCAUAGCAGGGAAAAAACAGAGAAGGGAUGGGAAAGCACAGCAAGCACAGCAUCAUGUAGCCAGUCCUCAAUUAUGAGCACAGGCUCAAGCCCUCAGCAAAGUCAAGCAGAUGCCCCCGGCAGUUUGUUAGAAAGUGGAUCAGAGUCGGUUCUGAACUCUCAAGAUGAACUGUCCACUGUAUGCCCUGCAGCCCCACCAUGCCCCUCACCUGCACUAAAAGCAAAUGGUCUGUCCUCUGCUUUGCCUGCUAGUGAUCAUCUGGAUGCAGAGAGCAAACGGGAGGGUUCGGUCAGCAAUCAGUGUGACAAGAAAAGCAAGAGAAAGCGCUUCUGCAACACCUACAACAUCCUCUGCAAGUCAGGGCUGCUGGGUAUUGCGCUGAGGACAAAGGAGUUGAUUAGACAGAAUCGAAAAAUGCAGAGCGAGUUAGAUCGCCUGAAGGAACAAACCAACCUUUUUGUUGAAGCAAUCAAAAGCGGUCACCCACAGGUCUGGUCCAAGCUUCAACUGAGCAUGUUUGAGAGUGGCCCCCCUGCAUGUGUUACCAAGGAAAGCAACGCUGACAAAACUAAUCAAAAUGAUUUAGCUCUGGACUGAGCGAGAGGGAGCACUCCCUCUGCACUGCAUCUUGCAGAUUGCUUAUUUACACUCUGGGUGUCCUAUUGACCUUCCAUUUGCAUUACAUUUUAUUCUGUGGGGCAAAUGCACCUUAAACCAUGAUAUCCACUUGUGUUAUUGCAAUUGGAAAGUUCUUGCAGCUAUUUUUUAAUCAAGGUACAUCUUUUUGUAGCAGUUUAUGAUCAUAAACAUUUGAGGUAGCUGUUUGAAGAGUAUUUGUUUCAGUUUUUUGUUUUAAUGUCCAUUGUGGUACACUGUUGUUUCUUGGUGGGAGGUGGGUCAGCACAAUAGAUCCAUUAAUUUCAAUAUUUGUCAGUAUGUCUAAGUCUACUGAAAAGGGCCACCGCUGUUCUUCAAUUUGUUCAAACCUGCAUUUCCUUUUCUUGCAGAUCACAGUAUAUUUGAAUGGUCAUAUUUCUUUUGAUGCAGGAUGUUUAUUUGAUUUAUUUAUUUGGUUUCUACACGUGCAAAGUUAUAAACACAUUUACUUUGUCUUGGUUUUAAGAAGUGCAUCAUACAAUAUACUGCAUGUCUUGAAAACCGCCAAAAUGAAAAUGUAAUUACUGGUAAUAUAUAAUAAUUUUAUAGUUUUAAAUAACUUAGUAGAAUUUGAAACAGGUCAGUGAUUUAAAAAAAUAAAACGGCAAGUUUAUUUUAUUUAAUAAAUUUGAACUAAGAUUCUGAAAGCAUCUACUGCUUUGGUGACAAAACUGUACGGAAACUAUUGAAGCAAAAUACUUUCAUAUCAGUCUGGACUGUAUACUCCAUCACUAUAUAUGAAUUGAAAGGCUCACUUUAAUUUGCAUUAAUCACUGCUGUAUGUGUGUUUGUGAGAAUGAAUUAAGUCAGUUGUAGCCAGAUCUGAGCACUUUCCAGUUUGUUUUGCUGUAUCACAUGUGCCACCUAGUGCCUGUGGUGACUUGCUGAAGUUUAAGGGCUGGUUCAUACUUUUGUCGCUGAUGAAUAGGCUAUACGUCAGGAGCAGGUAGCUAUAAAAGCUGUGCCUCUUCACUCCGACCAUACAGCAAAUGUUGACUCCAUCGCACAACCAUGUGAACUGUCAGACUUCUCAUCACUUUUGGAAUAAUUUUGCAUCCCCAAUUUAAAAACAUCACAUUUUUCUGAAGUCUUGCUAUUGUAGCAAAAUUUAUAAUUUCUUAUCUUUCUUCUUACACAAAAUGCCUUGUGGGGCUCAGAAUCCAAUAUAUCAUCAUACAAUGUUCUGUGUCUUAUGGAAAUUCUUAGAUUUCAGUGACUACCUCGCAAACCUUUUUUUCUUUUUUAAUUUAAUUUAAUUGCUGUGAGGCGCAAUGUUAACGCCCAGCUCUUUUCCUUGGACUUAGCAAUAUUGUUCAUGUGACCCACGGUAUCUUAUUUUUGUUGCAGAAUUUAAUACUUUUGAAAGGGUGUUUUUUUCUUGUUCACUCCUGUGUGUAUGAAAAUCAGCAGCAUACAUGUUUACGUAGUUUGACGUACAGUGAGGUGAAUGAUAUGUAUAUGUAUCGCGUUAUGACAUAGGCACUGAGUGAUGUCAUUUUUCUAAAGCUCUUGUAUGCACUCUGGAUCAAGCUUAGCUAGGGUGACACACAGAUUAAGAGAUGAUCUCAGCUUGGUCCCAGGGAAUGUUUAUAUCCCAUAUUCAGCACCUUCAUCCUGGAAAUUCAGUUUCAAAGUACUGAACAACAAAAAGCCAAAGGUGUGUGUUUGUGAUCAGGACUUGAAUUUAAGAGAGAGGAACAAAACAUAUUUGUAGCGCACGUGAUGCCAUGAACUUGGUUGUUGUUGAGUGACACUGCUGUCUUCGGUCUCUUUCUCUGAUUUAAAUAGGUAAACUGCACUAUUCACUACAGGAACUUGAAGUGAUGCCAAUAUAUUAAAGGAUAGUGUGUACCAGUUUGUUUUGUCUUUUGAGCUUUGAGGCACCAACAGUAAUUUGGUAGCACUUUGUUUGACAUCCAAAAGCAAUAGUGAUUUUAGAACCAGGCUUUAAUUUAAUAUUGAAGCUGAAUUGUUUUGGUUUUUUUGUUAAAUAUUUGUAUACUGUCUUUUAAGGCAUUUACCUUCAACCCUCAUUGGGAGUUUAAAAACUAUGCAACCCUGAGGCAUACAAUUGGAGUAUGUUACAAAAUGUACAGUACUACACUAACUUUUUAUUAUUUAACCUUUUUUUGUACUUUUGAGUUUAAUGGACUGUUUGCAUUGAAAUGUUUGCUUAAUAAACAAAUGUGUUUUUUUCUAAAAGAA